GGCAUAAAGAAAGAGGGAAGGGAGAAGGAAAAGAGAGAAACACACACAGAGGAGGAGAAAGAGAGAAAGGGAGAAGUGACAUCACUUCUCCCAGCCUCUCUCUCCCUCUCUCUGGCACCUUUGCUCCACUUCUCGCCGAGGAGGCGCACACUCACACACACACACUCACUCACAUACACACACUCACAUACACACACACACUCACAUACACACACACACAGCUCCUCGCUCUCCUUCGUCGCUCAUAAAAAGGGGAUUGGACUGCACGGAAAAGGGGAAAAGGAAAAGGAAAACAUUUGACAGGAUGAACAACGGUUUCUUAAACAUGGCGUCGAUAGGCGACUUCGACCCGCUCAACGCGUCUAUUCCAGCCACCAAAGUUGAAAUCACAGUGUCCUGCAGAAACCUGCUGGACAGAGACACCUUCUCCAAGUCAGACCCAAUUUGUGUUCUCUACACACAAGGCAUGGGCAACAAGGAGUGGAGAGAGUUUGGGAGAACAGAGGUGAUUGACAACACAUUAAACCCAGACUUUGUGCGGAAAUUCAUUCUGGACUACUUCUUUGAAGAGCGGCAGAACCUCCGAUUUGACUUGUAUGAUGUUGACUCCAAGAGUGCCAACCUGUCAAAACACGAUUUUCUGGGCCAGGCCUACUGUACUCUCGGAGAGGUGGUUGGUUCGUUGGGCAGUCGCUUGGAUAAAGCUCUAGGAGGAAUCCCAGGGAAGAAAUGCGGGACCAUUAUUGUGAAAGCAGAGGAGCUGAACAACUGCAGGGAGUCGGUGAUGAUGCAGUUCUGUGGGAACAAGUUGGACAAGAAGGAUUUUUUCGGCAAGUCAGAUCCAUUCCUCGUCUUCCACAGGAGCAACGAGGAUGGCACGUUUACCAUCUGCCACAAGACAGAGGUGGUGAAGAACACAUUGAACCCGGUGUGGCAGGCCUUUAAGAUCCCUGUUCGGGCUCUUUGCAAUGGUGAUUAUGACAGAACAAUCAAGGUUGAGGUGUAUGACUGGGACAGAGAUGGCAGUCACGACUUUAUCGGAGAGUUCAGCACCAGCUACAGAGAACUAUCCAGAGGCCAGAGCCAGUUCAACGUCUAUGAGGUGGUAAAUCCAAAGAAGAAGGGGAAGAAGAAAAAAUACCUGAACUCUGGAACAGUGACGCUGCUGUCAUUCCUGGUGGACAUUGAAGUCACCUUCCUGGACUACAUCAAAGGAGGAACCCAGAUUAACUUCACCGUGGCCAUUGACUUCACAGCUUCCAAUGGAAACCCAGCCCAGCCCACCUCACUCCACUACAUGAGUCCCUACCAGCUGAAUGCCUACGCCAUGGCCCUGAAGGCAGUGGGGGAGAUCAUCCAGGACUACGACAGCGAUAAGAUGUUCCCCGCGCUGGGCUUCGGUGCUAAGCUGCCACCUGACGGACGGGUCUCCCACGAGUUUGCCUUGAAUGGGAAUCCUCAGAACCCGUACUGUGCAGGUAUCGACGGUGUGAUGGAAGCCUACUACCAGAGCCUGAAGUCAGUUCAGCUCUACGGACCCACCAACUUCUCCCCUGUCAUCAACCAUGUGGCCAGGUAUGCAGCUUCAGUGAAGGACGGCUCCCAGUACUUUGUGCUCCUCAUCAUCACAGAUGGCGUCAUCUCAGACAUGGCCCAAACCAAGGAGUCUAUUGUCAACGCCGCCUGUCUGCCAAUGUCAAUCAUCAUUGUGGGGGUCGGGCCUGCAGAGUUUGACGCCAUGAUUGAGUUGGACGGCGAUGAAGUCCGAAUCUCAUCCAGAGGAAGAUACGCUGAGAGAGACAUCGUUCAGUUCGUCCCAUUCAGAGACUACAUCGACCGGACGGGGAACCACAUCCUGAGCAUGGCCCGGCUCGCCAAAGACGUCUUGGCCGAGAUCCCCGACCAGUUCCUCUCCUACAUGAGGACCCGUGGGAUCAAGCCGUCGCCGGCACCGCCACCCUACACGCCGCCAAGCCAACCUAUCCAAACCAUGAUAUGAGGAGCGAUGCGGAGAAAGGUUUUAGGAGUAAGGGGUCAACUUAACUGACUUAACGCGCGAUAUACUUCCAUUUCCUUAAAGCCGCUCUCCAUGCCUUGUCGUCGUGGAUCACGGUGGUCUUUCUUGUGUUCAGGAAGCUGCAUGUCGGGCCAAGAGAGUGUCGCUUUUCGAAGGGCAGGAAAAGCCAAUGAGAGUCUGUUUACUUCCACUGUCAAGCAUUCCUGUUGCUGUCUGGAUUUUUUGUUGUUGUUGUUGCCUGGAAAACCUGGACAGGCUUUGGAGAGAGUCUGGAUUGAAGCUGGGAAUGAUCUCAUCUGCCUGAUCCACCUGAUGAAGGAAGGAAGGAAGGGAGGGAGGAGGAAACUAACCUAGAGACGUUGUAAAGAGAAUGUCUCCAGACAAAACAAAGGAAUCACUUGAUCUUAAAUGAACACUAACUUCUCCUGUAAAUAACUGGACAUGUAUAACUUCUUUUCUCUCUCUCUCUCUCUCUCUCUCUCUCUCUCUCUCUCUCGCUCUCCAACUCACUCAUUGUUUACAGUAAAUGCUAACAAGGAUUUUUACUGUUGAUACUUUUAUAUACACAUAGUUUCAAUAUGAAGCUUGUAAUACUCUAAUGUAAUUCUCUCUCGCUCGCUCGCUCUCUCUCUCUCUCUCUCUCUCUCUCUCUCUCUCUCUCUCUCUCUCUCCCCUGGCAGUUGUGUCAGGUAGCAGCAGUGCAGGUCCUGGUAGCCCUUCUGUACCGUACCGUACCGUACCGUGCUGUACCAUACCGUACUGUACUCUAGUGUUUGUAUUAACCUUUUGCAUGAGUGUAGCCUCAGUCAAGUGCAUGCAUUUAGUGGCCCUGCACUACCUCUUCUACCCAUCUGUCCAUCUGUCUGCCUGUCGGGGGAGGGUGAGUGUGUCUGUCUGUUUGUCCAUUUGUCACUUCACCCUGUCUGUCUCUCUGUCUGUCUGUCUGCACUGCUCUCAGGCCUGAGAAGUCUGUCGACCUGUCUCUCUGUUACAGCCCCUCCUCCUGUCUAUCUGACUCUCUCUCUUUCUUUCUUUUAUGCCUCUGUCACUUUUACUAGCUGUGUUUCCAUCCAACUAUUUAUUUCAUGUUUUAUUUUUUUGCAAGUUUUAAUAGAGGAGAAGAAUGAAAAAAAGAAAUACAAUAUGUUGAUGCUUUUUAUGCAACUACAACCUAUUUUUAUUUCACAUGACUGGAUCGGCUGCAUAACAGUUAAAGGUUUAAUAAUUUGGCUUCUGAAAUGUAAAAUAUGUCAACCUCUGUAUGAGGAAUCUGUUGUCUUCAAAAGCCAGUGUGUGCAUUAUGAUCAUUAUUUAUUAGUUGUGCCUUUAGAGGAAAUGAUGGAAUAUGGCAUCAUUAGCACCAGUUUAACAUGACAAAAGCCAGUUUGUUUGUUAAAAUCUAAAUAAUGAAGAUUCAAAUCACGUGACUUCUGCGUAGCAUUUAUUGCCUUUUGAAUGGGAACAUAGCUACUCUAUCUCUCUCUCUCUCUCUCUCUCUCUCUCUCUCUCUCUCUCUCUCUCUCUCUCUCUCUCUCUCUCUCUGUCUCUGUCCUCCAAACUGCCUUGGCAAUAGGAUGCCCACGUGCCCAGGGGUUUCGUCUCAUUGUGUCGUCAAACACCCAUAUCCCUGCCCCAUGUUUAAAAUGACAGCAGCUGCUCUCAAACAGAAACCUGUUUGAGCAAAAAGAGCCCAGUGGUCAAAAAUGCAGAGAAAAACACACUUUCCCUAGGUUUGCUUUUUUUUUUGUUUUUGUUUUGUUCCAUUUUCUUUUCUUUAAUUGUGUAGUUUUUAAUUGCACCUUUGAUAUAGCUUUUUAUAUGUUUGUUUUUAUGAUGUGUAUUUUUAUGUGCCAAUCAUAUGUAAGAGGAUGAUUUUUGUGGUUUCUGUCAGUCGCCGACAACAUCAGACAAGUUUCCAGUUUAACAUCGAAUGAUCGUUUCUAGUGACGAAUGAGAGGAUUUGUGCUGUAGUGAAAGUGAUACUGUGAAUGAUAUGAGUGUGUUUGUAUGAAACAACUAUUUCUUUAAAACAACGAGGUGGAAUGUUUAAAAAAAGUCUUUAAAAAAAAAAAAGUGGGAAUACAGGAACAUUUUCACAUUUAUUGGACAGGAAGUGAAUUAUACAUUGCAGCACCAAAAAACGUGUGAAGGGUUAUUACAUAAGCUUACAGUGUGUUUGUUGUAUCAACACUUACAAUGGUUUGCUUCAUCAUACCAAAACUUAUUUUGACAGGCAUUUUUUAUAGUGAACCAGAUGUUUGCAGAUGUGAUUCUCCAUUUUUACACAUUUAAUUACCAAGUCAAACCACACAGUAUCUGAAGUGACGACUCAGCAGACACCGUGUAUGUGUCAUUAAUCAGCUAUGAGUACAUGAACAGAUUUAGUGCUAUCAUUAUUGAAUUACUAUAUAUUAUAGUAUAUAUUACUAUAGUAUUAUUGAGUCUGAUACAAAGUUUUACAUAAAUAAUCUAAAUUAAUACAUUUAUUGAAAAAUAAAUAAAUUACACAUUAUAUAUACAGUAUAUAACCAUAUAUAUUAUUGCGUAAUAAUUUUUGUCUCCAAAUAAAUACAGUCACUAUUCAAAUCUUAAUAUAAGUAGAUUCCAUUUAAUGUUAUGCUGUUUUUUAUUUUGUAUGAAUUAUUGUAAAGCUCAUGACCAACAACCAACUCUGAUGUCUUUUUGAUGACAUCACUCUUACCUGCACUAAGGUCUCAACAUGCUGAGCAGUUUUGGCUCGUUUUUCAGACGUUGCUGAUGAAAUUACCCAGCUUUUUUCGCGUAUUCAACAAAGUUUCUUUUUUGCAUCACAUGCAUCCAUGCCUUGUCCUGCAGUCAUAGAUGCACCCGUGCUGUUGGUUUUUAUCCUCGAGAUUUAUCAAUCACAGUAUGACUCACUAUGACUCAACCAGUCAUCUACUACAUAUAUCAGUUUUUCCAUUGCACAAUGUGGCACAAAAAUAGUAUACAGUCUGUGGAGCUUAAACGUGCCUCCUCCUUUUCAUCUCCAUCUUCUUUUGUGAAGAGAUGUUAAGAGGGUGCAUUUGGAUUACAUCAUUCUCACACUCAUGUUUCUUAUGAAAUGAAAAGUUUGCUUGUGGCUCAAAGUCGUAUCGCUACAUUAACACAAGAAAAAAGACACCAGAGACUCUCACCGUGCAAAGUGACACUCUUCUUUCUUUUUUUUCUUACACAUCUUACAUUGCUGCCUUGUCUAGUUGCUUGACAUUCCCACAUUUGUCUUUCUUUACUCACAGUCUCCCAUUGUAUUGCUACUGUAGCAGAGUGCUGAUACGGCGGGGUGAACUGUAUGAGUGUAUUUGUGUGUGUGUGUGUGUGUGUGUGUGUGUGUGUGUGUGUGUGUGUGUUUUGAUGUGAUUGCAGUCACACUCUCGUAGCUACCCACUGCGUUCAUAGCGUAGGUGGACACAUCAUUAGCCCCUGCAGGUCAAAAUAAGGAGCUCAUUACUGCCUCAGCAGAUAUACUGUAAAACUCUCAUCCUCCAAACGGUCAGAGAUGCUAUACGGCAGGGGUCAGAGUCAGCUUUAUCAUAGCUGUUGCUGAUUGGACGGGCAGAGAGGGAAUUUUUGGGGAGGUGGGGAAGUUUUUGAUAUUAUUCCCUGUUCACAAUUUAACAUGAAUCCCAAAUUAUUAAAAUAAAAGCAAGACCUUUGCAGCAGCGAAACUAUAGUUUAGUACUACUUAGGUUUUAUUUUUGUUGCCCCAGGCAUUGAUUAUCAAACUGACUAAGUAAUGUCAGUUACACAGCAAUAUCUUAUCUAAAGUUUCCUAACAUUAUCUAACAGAAGCUACCGAGUAAAUUUACUCACCUUUCACAUUGCUCCAAGCUUUUGUUUUCUUGACAUGUUUUCUCUUGUCAAUUGGAUUCAAACCCAGGACAUACAAACAGCCGACAGGAUGGCCUGCUCAUGCUAUUUGAACGGCAAACUACCUCCUGAUCCUAGCUACGUGUUCUUCAGCAAAUCCUUUCAGGGUAGGAAAAUGCAUCUUGUACUUCUACAUGCUCAUUUCACAGAAUUCCUCAACAAUGCUUGUCGACCAGGAAAGGACCCAGUAUGGAAGCAAGAAAAAAAAGCCAUAAGUACUUGAAUAAAUACUGAAUACCUGGAAAAUUAAAUCAUGACGAAAAACUCAAAUUUGAAAUUUAAAUUCUGCUGAAUUUAUAUACUGAAAUUAAAUAUUUUCCAUCAGUCUAAAUUUAUGUGGCUUGGAUUCUCCCUUUUAAUUUCAAGUUUGUUUAUUUUUAGGGGUUUUAGGGCUAUUCGAAUAAGUACAUUCAGGUUGCUUCAACUCUGUUUUGUUUGAGAAAUUUAAGUCAAAAAAUCAAGUUGCUGAAAUUGGAUUUGAGAAAUCCAAAUAGCAAAAUUCAAAGAUGAAAAAUGUAAACAAACGCUUACCAGAGGUAAUCAGUGGAGCCUGAAUGGAAUCAAUCAGGUGAUGAUCGGUCAGUCUGUGAUCCUAGAAAGAUUUCAGAUAAAUGAUUGAAGAUCCCAAACAGUUUAAUUUUCUAUUUAAACUUUUGAACCCAAAAAAUAUUGUUGAACAUUGUUGAAAUUUCAAAAUUAGAAAGGAAUUCAAUUUUGAUAAAUUUGUGUCAAAGUAAAAUAUUUCAGUGCAAUGAAGUCGGUGAUAUUAAAUUUAAAUUAUUUUGGCUUUUCUUCGCCUCCAUACAAACACACAAUUAAUGCUACAGUAGUAGGUGUAUGAUGUUUGCGGUGGACAAAAAUACACAAAUAUAUAUAUAUAUUUUAUUUUUAAAUAUACUUUUUGUUUUUAAUCAUAGUGCAACAGUUCACUAAUUUUGCCAAGCCCCAUGAAGCUGUGAGUGUGUGUGUGUGUGUGUUUUUGUGUGUGUGUGUGUGUGUGUGUGUGUGUGUGUGUGUGUGUGUGUGUGAGUGUGAGUGUGAGUGUGAGUGUGUGUGUGUGUGUGUGUGUGUGUGUGUGUGUGUGUGUGCGCGCAUGUGUUUGAUACAAGUAUACUUUGUGUGUGUGCCUGUGAGGCACCUUUAUAAGAAAGUUUUAAUAGACCAUGUGAGGUGUUCCACAUAAGAUCUUUGUUUACUAAAGCUAUCCAAAUAAUAUAUUGUAUGCUUGUCAUAUCUUCUUAACAACGUGCACUAUGUUUGCAUGUACAGUUUUACAAAGGAUGCACCAGUUCCUUUUGUUAAAAACUGAGUGUUUUGAAAUAUAGAAAUCUAUAUGAAAAUUAACUGUACAAAAUGGCCUUAAAUCUUUCACUGAUUUUCUUGGAAUUGUGCGAUGCCUUCUUCAGAAAAAUGAAUUGUUUAAAAGAAUUAAUCGUUCUCUAUUUUGUGUCAGUGUUUCUAUUGCUUUCUAGUGUAUUUUCUUUGCACAGGUUCAAUUAUAGGAAAAAAAAUGAUCUUGUACUUUUUUGAAACCGUGAUUAAUCAGAGAAAGCAUGACUGAAGUACUGAUUGUCUGAUAAUACAUAUAAUAGAUGACUAUUUCUGUAUCGAACUAUGGAUUUUUAAAUAAAUAUUCAUAUUAAACACA